AUGGCGGGCCCUGCCGGAGCGAGCAAAGAUGGCAAGAAGAAGCGAGUGUUAGUCGUUGGUGCUGGAGCUGCUGGAAUGUCAUGUGCUCACCACCUCUCUGAACAUCCCGACAAAUUCGAUGUUACCCUCAUCGAUGCAGUAGACUAUUGCGGGGGGCAAGCGUUCUCAAUUGGAAUCGACAAAGAGCGCCAUGGAGCUGAAUGGCUGAAUCAGGGGGUACAGGGUGGCAGUUACAUUUUCCACCACACCUUGACCAUGUUUGCGAGGCAAAAUCAUCACGCCGACCCUGUCAAUCUGCAGGUUUCGUUUGGCAAAGACGAUAUUUUCUGGACCAAUGUGUUUCCUACCCAGCUCCUCGACCGUCACCAGAAAGAGAUUAGAAGGUUCAACACGAUGCUAAAGAUUGUGCGGUGGUUUGAGCUCUUCUUCGCACUAAUCCCUAUAAAGAUACUUUUUAAGAUGUUCUUCUUUUCUGAGGAAUUUACGAACACGGUCGCUAUGCCGAUGAUAGCACUCUUCCUAGGAACUGGGAAUGAAACGCCAAAUGUACCAAGCAUCAUCCUAGAGAGGCUCUGCACCAGCCCAACUUAUGGCAUGUGGUAUCCCGCAGACAAGUUGAGCGUUGUCAGCAAUUUGCCACCUAUGGUUGUCUUUCCAAGGUUUGGGGAGUUCUAUGAGCGAUGGAGACAAGACUUGCUCAACCGAGGUGUCACAGUAAGACUUUCAACCGAGGUCACCCGGGUUGUGAGGCGAGAUAAGACUGGUGUCACCGUUAAGUUGAUUAAACGCACGCCAAUGCCAGAUUCACACAACCCGAAUAGCGCCUGGGUACCGUACGACAACGACCACAAUGCCGACCCAAAUGCAAAGGAGAUUGAAGAGCAUUACGAUGAGCUGGUUCUUUGCGUGCUUGCCGAUACAGCUAAGCGCAUCCUCUCACCCACCGCCUCUUUUCGUGAAAAGAAGGUGCUCGGCUCCGCUAAAUUCUCCGACGACAUUACGGUAACUCACUGGGAUGCUGACUACAUGCGCAAGCACUACGAGAAUUUCUACAACCACGAUCAAGCCGUGACGAAACUCUCCCUUGUCGACCAAACUGCCCGUAACGAUAUGGCCCAGAAAUCCUUCAAGCCCAUGUAUUACAUCAAAAUGUACCCUCAGGACCGCUCGAAGCUGGAAAUGUGCUUCGACUGCACGAAUUAUCAGAGUCAAUUCCCGCCCGAGGUACCGUUCGACAAACAUGUAUUCCAGACAAUCUAUCUGAAUAAGGCAAGGGAUGGACAUCUUUGGAGUAUUGACGAGAUCAACAAGGAUAAAAUUAUUAGGAAAGAUUGGUGGCAUCAGCUCUGCCAUGGUUGGACGCACUACGCUUUUGUCGUGCCGUGGAUGUGGUUCCUCCAAGGGCACAAAAAGACACGCUACGCUGCUGCUUGGACACUAAUCAACGCUCACGAGGUUGCUGUCAUGAGCGGUAUCGCUGCUGCUGUCGAUCUUGGAGCUCAGUACCCGGCGGAUCUAGAGCGCGACAAGUUUGCUUUCCUCAGUUUCAGGUUAUACUAUUUGCUCGCGUACGGGAAAUGGUAUAGCAGAAAGGCGACCAAGAAUUCAAAAGAAGGCACAGGCAAGGACUGGGCUAGUGGAAUCUACGGAAGCGUGUACCGUGGACCGGGUGUCUCUGACAUUGACCGACGUCAGUGGCGUGAGGAGAACAACAUCGAGGACGAGCCUAUCAAAUAUGCAUUCCCUUCGGACUCUGGAAAGAGGUAAUGCUUGUGCGAGGAUUGAGGCCCGGCGGUAGUGAGCUGUGGGAAACUCAACGGGCGUGAAACUAAGAAAUCUAAUGUGAGGAUCUGAUCCCGUAGAUCAGGUAACCUAUCUCGGGUUCAUUAAUUGAAAUACGUAAAGUAACUGAGUUUGGUCCUUUGACCUAUUGCUGCG